AUGGAGAGGGUUUCAGAAUCAAAGGUGCUUCCUGGGAAAUUGCCCCUCGUAGGUGAGGUACCAUAUACUCGUUCGACAUCAACAAGAGUAGUGGGUCACAUGUCAAGUGUGCGCUCUGGUUUGGUGAGAGAAGAUGUUGCUUCUGCAAGAGACAGAGGUCAUUUAUCCAAUGGGCGCUUGGGCUUGGUGAGAGAAGAAAUUGCAUUGGCAAGGCAAAUGGCUGAGUUAUCGAAUGUGCAUUCUCUAAUGGUAAAAGAUGUAAGAUCUAAUGCACGGGAGUCUCAAGAUUCAGACUCGCCAAUACCUCUAAGAACAAGGAAAGGAAAGAUCUCUUUCCCAGAAGAGGAAGAACUUAUGUCUGACUCUCUUACAUUUAAGGGAAGUGGAGAUUCGUUUGAUGAAGGGGGCCCUAGUUCUUUCUCUGGGGUUAGUCACCCUCCAGAACCUGUUGAUAUGGAUUUAAUGAAAGUGUAUGUACCUAUUGGUCAGAAUAAGUCUGAGGCUGGAUGCUUGAUGAAGAGCUUAUCUAGGAAAGGCCCUUUCCUUGAAGAUCUUUCCCUCCGGGUUCCUGCUAAGAAACCAAAUCCAAUUGUCCUUUCCCCUUCAGAAAGCUUGGUUGAAGAACCCAAUGACUUAGGUGCAUUGUCUCCGCCGUUUGCGGUUCCCCGUGCAUCACAAAAUACAGAUAAUUCACUCCCUCCAGAUUCUGAGGAGAAGGAGUGUGUUUGGGAUGCUUCUUUGCCUCCGAGUGGCAAUGUAAGUCCUCUUAGUAGCAUCGAUAGUACUGGUGUUGUCACUGCUAUGAGCAUUGUCAAUAGCUGCACCGGUACAUACAAGAGUGAUGCACUCACAAGUGAUGGCAUGCUUAGCAUUGAUAGGAACUGUGAAAGUACCAAAGGGAGUGUUAGAGGGGAUUCACUUGAGAGUGCAAAAACUAGCGUUAGUCGAGCAAGUGAUAGUAGUGGCCUUAGUGAUGACAGCAACUGGAGCAACAUUACUGGGAGUGCCAAUAAGCCCCAUAAAGGAAAUGACCCUAGAUGGAAGGCUAUUCUUGCAAUUCGAGUUCGGGAUGGGAUUUUGGGUGGUGAUUUGCACACUCUGAGGCAACGGCAACCUGGAAAACAUUUCUCGGAGUAUGCUGCGAGAUUCUAUGCUGCUGAGGUUCUGUUGGCACUAGAGUAUUUACACAUGCUUGGAGUUGUCUACAGGGACUUGAAACCUGAAAACGUGCUUGUCCGUGACGACGGCCACAUAAUGCUUUCAGAUUUUGACCUUUCCCUGAGAUGCGCUGUUUCACCAACCCUGAUAAGAACUUCAUUUGAUUCUGAUCCUUCAAAACGAGGAACAGGUGGUGCAUUCUGUGUCCAACCUGCAUGUAUUGAGCCCUCAUCAAAAAGCAAGAAGAACCGAAAACCUCGAGCUGAGCCUGGGUUUGCCACCAAUGCACUUCCAGAGCUUGUUGCAGAGCCUACUCAAGCUCGGUCUAUGUCCUUUGUUGGAACCCAUGAAUACCUAGCCCCUGAAAUUAUUAAGGGAGAAGGCCAUGGAAGUGCAGUCGACUGGUGGACGUUUGGUAUAUUCUUGCAUGAAUUACUGUAUGGCAAAACUCCUUUUAAAGGCUCAGGAAACCGUGCUACAUUGUUCAAUGUGGUGGGGCAGCAACUCAAAUUCCCAGAUUCACCAGCAACUAGUUAUGCAGGCCGCGAUCUAAUUCGGGGAUUGCUAGUGAAAGAGCCACAACACCGGCUUGGGGUGAAAAGGGGUGCAACUGAGAUCAAGCAGCAUCCCUUCUUUGAAGGUGUGAACUGGGCUCUGAUACGAUGCAGCACACCACCAGAAGUACCAAGACCAAUGGAAGCUGAGCUGCCAGGGAAAUUUGGGGCAGUUGACACUGUUGGUGUCGGAAGCAACAGUAAAAGGAUGGUUGGGGCAGACGUGAAGUCCGGGGGUAAAUAUCUAGACUUUGAGUUCUUUUAG